CCGGGAGCACGUGACCGGAGGUGACGGCAUCGCGAUGGCGGCUCGGAGCCCGGAGCAAAAAAUAUAAAAAACCGUUGAGAGGCAGAGCCACUCUUCCAGCAACACAAUGCAGCAGGUUCAUCACUGCAAGCAGCUGCUUGACCAACUCCAUCAGCAGCGCCUCGAGGGCUUUUUGUGUGAUUGCACUGUUGUAAUUGGUCAGUUGCAAUUCAGAGCUCACCGCAAUGUUUUAGCUGCAUUCAGUGACUAUUUCCGAGCAGUUUAUGGGCUGACCCUGGACAAUAACGUUGUAUUCCUCGAUCACAACCACGUCAGCUCUGAUGGGUUUCAGAAACUGCUGGAUUUUGUAUAUACUGGAAACAUCAAUAUCGAUGGAUGUAAUGCCGCUGCAAUAGAGGCUGCUGCUGGCUACCUACAGAUGGAGGAUGUGGUGAAAAUAUGUAAAGCAAAGAUGGAAUCACUUGUGAUUAAUUUGAACACUGUCCCUAAAGCACCAUCUGACAUUCAGGGGAAUACAGAGUCAAAUAGCUGCUUCACCAGCCCAGGAACAGAGAAGGAUGUUAUCCAGCAAGGACCUGGGACAAUGGUCAGCUGUGAGGAAGCACUGCUUAAUACUCCAGAUACCAGCCGUGAUUGCAAAAGAGAAGAAUUACAAUUACAGCCAGCAACCAUGGACACAAUGUCAGGAAGCAGAGGAGAAAAACCAAAGGCUGACCAGGACUCUGUGCUGCAGGUUAGGGGUGUCAGUCCCAACACCAUGCUCCAGUGCACAAGGGUUAAACGGAAAAGUGGCUGCACUGUUAGAAAGGUAGAGAGUAGAAUUUGCAGUGAGAGUGCAGCACAGAUAGACAUGGCUAGCACUGACCUCCAGCCUAACAACAACCCUCAAUCAGAGUUGUAUAACAACUAUAAAAAUCCUUCAGCUGAGUACAAGAUUGUUCAGAAGACUAAUGGGAAACCAAGGCGGAAAUGCUCUCAGCGACAUGGUGCCUUGGCAGAAAGAUGCAAAUCAAAACUAACAGCUGGAGGAAGCGGUGUCAGACUGGCGGAGCAGGGGAACAGUGAUGGGAAGCAGCUGAAGUUGAAGCCAAUCUGUAACAUAUGCGGCAAGGUGUUCUCAGAGGCCAGCAGCCUGCGCCGACACAUGAGGAUUCAUAAAGGACUAAAACCAUAUGUGUGCCAGCUCUGUGCGAAGGCUUUCACUCAGUGCAACCAGCUAAAAACACACAUCAGGACCCACACAGGUGAGAAGCCUUAUCAGUGUGACAUGUGUGAUAAAAGCUUUGCACAGAAAUGCCAGCUAGUCUUCCACAAUCGCAUGCACCACGGUGAGGAGAAGCCAUACGCUUGUGAUGUCUGCAACCUUCAAUUUGCAACUUCCAGUAACCUGAAAAUUCAUGCCAGGAAGCACAGUGGGGAGAAACCAUAUGUGUGUGACCGGUGUGGACAGCGCUUUGCUCAGGCCAGCACACUUACAUAUCAUGUCCGUCGCCACACGGGAGAGAAACCUUACAUCUGUGACACAUGUGGAAAGGCAUUCGCUGUCUCUAGCUCUCUCAUCACACAUGCACGGAAACAUACUGGUGAGAAACCGUACAGCUGUCGGACAUGUAGUAAAAGUUUCAUCUCUUCAGGAGAGCUGAAUAAACACAGCCGAUCACACACGGGUGAAAAACCUUUUGUCUGUGAAUUGUGUGGGAACUCGUACUCUGAUGUGAAGAAUUUAAAGAAACAUAACAGUAAAGCUCAUGGUGCUGUAAAAAGGACAGACGCUGAUAAUGGGGCAGAUUUUGUUGAACGUGAAUCACAGGACACCAUGGAGCUGAAACCAUCCGAUCUAUCCAUACCACUCGCUGUUGCCAUGGGAACAGACCAGCAGCAGAUGAUGUUGCCCGUGAGCGAGGGCCCAUCUUUAUCCUCUGAACAGUUGCUGCGGCCCUCUGUGUCUGCUUAUCCAGAAACCCAACUCAUCUUCCUGCAACAACUAUACUGACAGGAUCACACAGCUCGCUUGGGGUGGGGAGAGUGAAUCACACGGCUCACCAGAGGCGGGGAAAGUGGAUCAUACAGCUCGCCCGGGGUGGGGGAUGUGGAUCACACAGCUCGCCCAGGGUGGGGAGAGUGGAUCACACGGCUCACCCGAGGUGGGGAGAGUGGAUCACACGGCUCACCCGAGGCGGGGAGAGUGGAUCACACAGCUCGCCUAGGGUGGGGAGAGUGAAUCACACAGCUCACCUGAGGCGGGGAAAAUUGAUCACAGCUCGCCCGGGGUGGGGAGGGUGGAUCAAACGGCUCACCCGAGGCGGGGAAAGUGGAUCACACAGCUCACCAGAGGCGGGGAGAGUGGAUCGCACAGCUCAUCCAGGGUGGGGAGAGUGGAUCACACAGCUUGCCCAGGGCGGGGAGAGUGGAUCACACAGCUUGCCCAGGGCGGGGAGAGUGGAUCACACGGCUCACCCAGGGCAGGUAGAGUGGAUCACGCGACUCGCCCGAGGUGGGGAGAGUGGGUCACGCGGUUCGCCAGGGGCAGAGGCAGUGGAUCAAACAGCUCACCCGGGGCGGGGAGAGUGGAUCACACAGCCCACAGGGGAUGGAUCAUAUAGCUCACCCAGGGUAUGGAGAGUGGAUCACACGGUUGACGUGGGGAGUGGAUCACACGGCUCACCUGAGGCGGGGAGAGUGGAUCACACAGCUCACCCAGGGUGGGGAGAGUGAAUCACACAGCUCACCUGAGGCGGGGAAAAUGGAUCGCACAGCUCGCCCGGGGUGGGGAGAGUGGAUCACACCGCUCGCCCGGGGUGGGGAGAGUGGAUCACAUAGCUCACCCAGGGUGGGGAGAGUGGAUCACACAGCUUGCCCGGGGCGGGAGAGUGGAUCACACGGCUCACCCAGGGCAGGGAGAGUGGAUCACGCGACUCGCCCGAGGUGGGGAGAGUGGGUCACGCUGUUCGCCAGGGGCAGGGGCAGUGGAUCACACAGCUCACCCGGGGCGGGGAGAGUGGCUCACACAGCCCACAGGGGAUGGAUCACAUAGCUCGCCCAGGGUAUGGAGAGUGGAUCACACGGCUGACGUGGGGAGUGGAUCACACAGCUCGCCAAGGGUGGAGGAGUGGAUCAAACAACUCGUGUGGGGAGUGGAUCACACAGCUCGCCCAGGGUGGGGGGAGUGGAUCACACAGCUCACCCAGGGUGGAGGGAGUGGAUCACACAGCUCGCCUGGGGUGGGAUGACGGGAUCACACAGCUCACUCAGGGUGGGGGGAGUGGAUCACACAGCUCAUCCAGGGUGGGAGGAGUGGAUCACACUGCUCACCUGGGGCUGGGGGAGUGGAUCUCACACCUCAUCCGGGGUGUGCAGGGAGUGUGGAUCACACAGCCCACCCACGCCUGGGGGAGUGGAUCACACAGCUUGCCCGUGGUGGGGGGAGUGGAUCUC